AUGGGUAGCGUAAUUGUAACGAAGGACACACGAACUGACUUGUUGGAUCCGGAGAAGCGGACGAAGACUGGAACUGGAACGAUGAAAUUCACGGCGAUUGCGCAGUUACGCGCUUGUCGCUUAAUUCCCGAGUCCGAGGUGCGCGAACUCUGCUACAAGGCCCGGGAGAUCUUGAUAGAAGAAGGAAAUGUUGUGUCUGUGGAUGCGCCAGUCACGAUAUGUGGAGAUAUCCAUGGCCAGUUCCAUGACCUGAUGGAGCUGUUCCGUGUCGGCGGAGACGUUCCUGACACCAAUUACUUAUUCAUGGGCGAUUUUGUCGAUCGCGGGUUCUAUUCUCUCGAGUCAUUCCUCCUCCUUCUCUGUCUCAAAGUCCGCUACCCUGAUCGCAUCACCCUGAUCCGUGGGAACCACGAAUCCCGCCAAAUCACAACCGUCUACGGCUUCUACGACGAGUGCAUUCGCAAAUAUGGCAGCGCCAAUGUGUGGCGGUACUGUUGUGAAGUGUUUGAUUACCUAGCCCUGGGCGCGCUCGUGCUGGGGACAAGCUCGGAGCUGGAGCCGACGGGACCAAGCAUGAACGAUACCACCCAGUCCACGAUGCCGCUUGAUGAUGGAGAAUUAGAAACGGAGGUCCUCAACUCACGAGGGGAGGUUACAAUGAGCACGUACAGGCGGCGACAGAGAUCCUCGUCAGACGCAUCGACCGACUCCAGAAAUAUCUCUCCGCCAAGAGACAUCUCCGCGGCGCCAGGCCAGACACCUGCUCGAACCGGUCCCCCCGGCACAGGUGCUUCAGGACACGGCGCAGGGAGCUAUACCAGUCGAACCGGCGCAGUACUCUGCGUCCACGGCGGUCUUUCUCCGCUGAUAGACACGGUGGACAAGAUCCGCCUGAUCGACCGCAAGCAAGAAGUUCCACACGAGGGCGCCAUGUGCGACUUGCUCUGGUCAGACCCGGACGAGAUCGAAGGCUGGGGGUUGAGUCCACGCGGUGCAGGUUUCUUAUUUGGCGGCGAUAUCGUGAAGCAAUUCAACUACAAGAACGAUUUAUCCCUGGUGGCUCGGGCUCACCAGCUCGUCAUGGAGGGCUACAAGGAGAUGUUUGACGGCGGGAUCGUCACUGUCUGGUCAGCCCCCAACUAUUGCUACCGCUGUGGCAACGUCGCCGCCAUCCUGGAGCUCGGCGAGGACGCAAGCAACGGUGGCACAGUCGUCAGAAGCAACGGUGAUUUCGGGCGGAGUAACGGCGUGCUGGGAGCAGAUGGCGGCGGCCCACGCGUCGUCAGCCCCGGGAGAAGAUACAGGGUGUUUGAGGCCGCCGCGCAGGAUACAAGGGGCAUGCCUGCGAAGAAACCUGUUGCUGAUUAUUUCCUGUUUGAUAAUCUACCGUUCUAA